AUGGCGACGCUAGUGCCUGGAGCGAAUUUCGGAAAGGAGUUCACCAACUUCAACAUCCUGCAGGCUACCUAUAAAAUUGUGGAUGGCCAUGAAAUCCGUGCCGAUUUGUUGAUUCCAAAAUCCCUCUCAAAAGACAAAGCGCCAGUCAUUGCUCGGUUUCACGGGGGAGGACUGGUCCGAGGAGACUCCAUCUAUGCAGCCUGGUUUCCUUUAUGGGUUCUUGAACUGGCGGAAGAACACAGCGCUGUCAUAGUCUCUGCAAACUACCGCUUUCUCCCCGAAGUGACCGGUCUUGAUGUAUUGGAUGAUGUUGACGACUUCUGGACUUGGUUACACUCCGAAGACCUCACAAAGAUCCUCAAACAACAAGAACAUCCCAUAAGCCUUGAUCUAGACCGGAUUCUCACUGCUGGCGACUCAGCAGGUGGGUUGCUUAGUGUUUAUCUCACUCUGUCCCAACCCGAUAAUAUUCGCGCUGGAACUGCUGCCUAUCCUGCACUUCAUUGGGAUAAUCCACCUUUAUUACCUUCAACGAUAAGCGCAUUUAUAAGUCACGUACCAGAGUCCUUCAUUGAUGAGUAUCUCACAAAUAUCAAGCCUGGACACGUGGAAUCCUCUGACCUCGCCCUCCAACGUGUGGACCUAUCAUCAGCUAUUACCGCGAAUCAAAGAGGAUACGGAUUCUAUAUCCGUGGUUCCGAUGCAUCGUCCCAGCGCGAUCGGUUAUACCAGCUUUCUAGACUAGACAAAGCAGACGCCAGGCUUCCGCGCGGUGGAUUGGUGAUCCUCCACGGCGUAGAUGACGACCUUGUGCCGAUUGGGGCUAGUGAGAGAUUUGUGGAUAAGGCGAGAAAUAUCCUGAAAGACAGACAAGGUGGUGAUAGGGUGGUUCUGAGUCAACAACCAGGUGGUCAUGGAUUCGAUGUGAAUGCAUCGGCGAAGGAACAGUGGCUAGCUGAUGCCUUGAAGGUUGCCAUAGAUACAUGGCUCGAAUGA